AUGGGGAACGAGGCGAGCCUGGAGGGGGGGCUACCGGAGGGGCUACCGGGGGGGCUACCGGGGGGGCUACCGGCGGGGCUGGCCCCCGACGGGAAGGGCGGCUUGGUGCGGGUGUCGGACGGAACCCCCGUGGGCCUGGAGCAGCUGAGCGAGGAGCAGCGGAGACGGCUGUCCGAGGCGGUGUCAAGGGCGCAGGGCGGCCAGCCCGCACGAAGACCUUCGGUAUCGGAUGCCCAGCACGUAGGGGCCUCCAGGGGCCCGACAGGUCUCAGCAAGAGCAGAACCGUUGACGCCUUCAACCAGGGUCCCCCCGCCAAGCCCCCGCCGGGCCGCAGCCCGUCCUCCCUCAGCCUCUUCGAGUCCAGAUUCCGGCAGGAGCCCCGAGCGUCGGAGAGCAAGUCGUCCGGCAUGUUCGGCUCCAGCUUCCUCAGCGGGGCCAACCCCCUGAGCGCCGUGUCCUCCAUGACGUCCUCGGUCUCCUCCUCCAUCACCUCCAUGGGGGACUCCGUCAACAUCCCCAAGUUCGGACUGUUUGAGGAAGGAGACGAAGCGCCGGACCCCAAACAGGGAGGGAAGCCCCCGGGGAAGGGCCCUCAGCAAGGGCCGGGUCCAAGGGGACCGCAGAAACAGGGCCCUCCCGGUCAGGGACCCAGACAAGGGCAGGGGCCUCCAGGACAGGGGCCAAAACCAGGUCAAGGUCCUCCUGGUCAAGGGCCAAAACCAGGUCAAGGUCCUCCUGGUCAAGGGCCACCAGGUCAGGGACCCAGACAAGGCCAAGGGCCUCCAGGACAGGGGCCAAAACCAGGCCAAGGGCCACCAGGUCAAGGUCCCCCUGGUCAAGGACCCAGGCAAGCUCAAGGACCACCAGGUCAGGGGCCAAAACCAGGUCAAGGACCUCCUGGUCAAGGGCCAAAACAAGGCCAAGGGCCACCAGGUCAAGGGCCCCCUGGUCAGGGACCCAGACAAGGGCAAGGGCCACCAGGUCAAGGGCCAAAAGGCCAAGGUCCUCCCGGUCAGCAGGGACCCAGACCGGACCAGGCUGGCCCUCCACCACAAGGUAAACCUGGACCCAAACAGCAGGGGCCCCCCGGCCCCGGCCCCCAGUCAGGCCAGGCCGGGGCCCCCGGCCAGCAGGGAGCUGGGAAGCCUGCAGGAGGACUCUGCCCCCUCUGUAAGACCACCCAGAUGAACGCCGGGUCCAAGGAGCCGCCCAACUACAGCAACUGCACCGAGUGCAAGAACCAGGUCUGCAGCCUCUGCGGCUUCAGCCCUCCCGACUCGGCGGGUAAAGAGUGGUUAUGUCUGAACUGUCAGAUGCAGCGAGCGAUGGGGGGGAUGGAUCCGCCCGGCAUUGGGAAGGCCAAGCCGGGCUCGGCGCCCCCGUCGCCCCAGAGACAGGCGUCCGGCAAACCGGGCAGGCUGCUGAUCAAGCAGCAGAGCACCAGCGACCAGGGACUAACGCCGCCGACCACGCCGCGGCAGAAAUCCCCGGGUCCUUCCUCUCCGGGAUCCCUUUCCCCGGGAACAUCCCCCAAAAUCGACCCCAAGACGGGCCGGCCGAUCCAGCAGCGGUCCAGCCCGCAGCAGUCCCCGGGGAAGGCCAAGCAGGAGUCCAGCUUCUUCGGCGGGUUGGGAGGGAUCAGCCUGGGAGGCCUCACCGACGCGGCCAAGCCCCCGGCGGCGGCCUCUCAGCUGUUUGGGGGGUUCGGCGGGCUGAUGGAUUCGUCCAAGCCUCAGGCGCCGGCCGCAGCCAAACCGGCUAAACCCCCCGCCGCCGCGUCAUCCAUGUUCAGUUUUGGGUCAUCCCUUCUGAACUCGGCCACCAGCCUCGUCACCGGAGAGGAAGAGAAAGAGCCGGAGUCGCCACCGGACUCGGAAGCGGGUUCCCCGCCGGACUCCCCCUUCUCCGCCCCGGGGUCUCCCCCGGAUUCAGACUCCUGUCCCGACACGCCGCCGGCCACGGCCAGGAAGGCCCCCAGAACCCUCCCAGCAGCCCCGCCGGCUCGAGCAGCCCCGGCGGCCCCGCCGGCUCCGGCGGUCAAGGCCAACUGCCCGCUCUGCAGCGUUGAGUUGAACGUCGGGUCAUCAGAGGCGCCGAACUACAGCCGCUGCUCCGACUGCAAGAAGGAGGCGUGUAAUCAGUGUGGAUUCAACCCGUCUCCUCACCUAGGAGAGAAAGAAUGGCUUUGCCUGAACUGCCAGACCCAGAGAGCCAUGUCGGGCCAGCUGGGAGACGUGCCGGCAGCAGCCGUGGCGUCCCCGAAGAAGCAGCCGUCUCCUCCUGCUCCUGCUCCCUCCUCCACCCCUGCCCCUGCUGCCGUAGAUAGCACACCUGUAGUAGCAGCACCAGACCCAACCCCACCCGCUCCUGAGAGCAAGGUAAACGUCGUGGAGACUUUGAAAGAACCCAAGGUGAAAGAAGUGGCGGCCAAUGAGGGCAGUCCAACCAGCCCCACAGACCUAGCAAAGCUUGAGAGCACUGUCCUUCCCAUUCUUGAAGCUCAAGCGACCUCGACAGAGGAGCAGAACCAAAGCGACACGCUAAAAGCCAGACGCAAAUUAGAAGUACUUCCACUCUCACCAGAAUCCCCAAGUUCAGAAGAGGACAAUAAGCUUUCGGAGAACAAUAACAAAGUCAUCACAAAGAAAAAGCUCCUCGUGCCCAUGGAUGUCAGAGUAGAUUCCCUGGAAGACAGCAGUGAAAGCUUUGGGAAGGAGAGCCCAAUGUCAGGAGAUGAUGAGGACUUUAUCAGAAAACAGAUUAUUGAAAUGAGUGAGAAUGAAGAUGCUUCCCCGUCUGACGAGGAAAACCUUGUUAGGCGAAAGAUCCGAGAAGAAGAGAAAAAGAGAGCGACUGUCGAGAAGAGCGCAUCAGGAAAAGCCAGACGACUCACCAAGAAAACCACUAUAAGUCCAGAUGAUGAAGACAAGGAGAUUAUUACCUUGGACAAACCUGUUACAUGCCAAGAGGAGGGACAAGAACGAACGGAGGAAGUUCGUAAAUUCAAAGCGAUGGAACUGAAUGCAACCAGCAGUCCUAUGGCAAUACCAAGCGCUGAUGGAGAACCUGAAAUGGAGAGCCUGACAGACUCUCCAGAUGAACGCUCCAGGGGCGAAGGCUCUUCCAGCCUUCAUGCAUCGAGCUUCACUCCUGGAACAUCCCCGACAUCUGUCUCAUCCCUGGACGAAGACAGUGACAGCAGCAGUCCAGGUCACAUCCGUACUGGCGAGGGCAAACAGCACAGGAAAGCUAAACACAGACAAACUGGUCAAAUGCUGCCGACAAUUGAAGACUCCUCUGAGGAAGAUGAGUUACGGGAAGAGGAAGAACUGCUCCGGGAACAAGAAAAACAGAAGGGCUCAGGGAAAAAGUCCAAGUCUAAGGACAAAGAGGAGAUUCGAGCCCAGAGGAGGAGAGAGCAUUCAAAGACGCCGCCAAGUAACUUGUCUCCUAUUGAAGAUGCCUCACCAACUGAGGAACAGAGACAGGAAGCCGAAAUGGAGGAGAUCAGACGAUCCUCUUGCUCUGACUUUUCCCCCAGCAUUGAAUCCGAUCCUGAAGGGUUUGAAGUCCAUGCAUCAAAGAUUGCAGCGGUCCAAAAGAGAUUUCAACUACCCACAUCGGUAUCUCUUCACUCCCCAACAGAUGAUCAAAACACAGAUGAAUCCCAGAAAAAAUCUCUUAAAUCUGCUGAUGAGGCCUAUGAAGAAAUAAUGCUGAGAGCUAAGUCCCCAACAGUUGACAAAGAUGGCAUUCAACCACGAAAGGAGUCCCUUUACGGGGGCAUGUUCAUUGAAGACUAUGCCUAUUCGUCAUUCGACCAUUCCUCUGCUGAUCUGGAUGAGCCAGAGAAAAUCACUGUUCCUUCUCAGCCCAGAACUCUCAGAUCACCAGAUGAAGUGUAUGAAGACAUGAUAAAGAAGAGGAAGGAAUUCAUACAGCUCGAGCAGGAAUACCAAAAUAUGCAGCCAAAAAAGGAAAAUGCUAAUCCAGAAAUCGUGCUCCAACCUGCAGAGAAUACCUUCAUCAAAAGCAGUACGGUAACACUCAGCAAAGAUGGGAAGCCAUUGUUAGAUGCCGAAGCUGCUUACGAGGAGCUAAUGAAAAGAGUCCUAACUCCCGGAACAAGUCCAACUCAGACUGAGCCAGAAGUGGAAGCUACCGCUUCAACAAAGGCACUCCGUCCCAUACCAGACCUACGGGUGACUGAGUGUUCUUCCGGAGAGGUGUCCUCAGAUGAGGAGAGUUUAGUUAAAAAAGAAGAGACAAUAACUCCGGUAUCUUAUGUGACGUCAGCCGAAACUGAGCCUGUGACAGAAGUUUCUAAAUCACCUCAAUCAUCCAUGUCAGAUCAGCCAUCUCACCCCACAGACACACCCCAGGGUGAUGUUGUGGACUUGUCUAAUACGAUCCCAAGAACAUCAGCCCCUGUGAUUGGUAGUGUAGCUCCAUUACCCACGGUCCCGCAGUACACGCCCAGUAUACCCAGCAUAGUGUCUACUGCCCCACCUGUUCCCCCCAAGCCAAAUAUCCUGCGUAGGGCUUCUUCUCUAGAGAAAGAAGAACCUGGUUCACCACCCAUUCCUCCGGCAACCCCACCAAAACCAACUGUCUUUCCUAGGAAAGCUCCUGUCCCACUUCCACCUCAGGCUUCACCUACCCCAACAAGACCAGAGCAAGUGGUUGUGACUAUGCCCCAAGGAUCACCUGUGAGACAAGGAGUUACCCCAACCUACAAACCUCAUGUUCCCCCUCCUGUUCCUCCAAAGCCAGCCAUUCAUGCUGGUAUUGGGGACGGUCACCGACCAGGACAUAGUGUCAAACCACCAAUUGCACCAAAACCUGGUUCUCAGCCACCUUCGCCUGCCCAUGUCCCACAUCCACCAAGACCCACUGCUCUGCCUACUAGUUCUAAUGACGCAGUCCUCAAUCUGAGUCCUUCCAUUGAGAACAAGACAUUCCAGUCCUCACCAAAGUCACCCCCUUCUCCAAGAUAUGCCAGAAAUGUCCGCGACACAUAUGUGGUCAUUACGCUGCCCUCCCAGCCAAGUUCUCCAGUAGAUAAUCUCACUCAAUCUCAAGCUCCCUCUAGUCCCGGACCAGGAUCUCCUUCACGUCAAACUCCGUCUGACCGUUAUCACCAACCCCAGCCUCAACAACAGCCAUAUUCACAGCACUAUCAACCCAAAACUCCUCCCCAAAGUACCAGGGUGCCUCUGGCAUUUACACGUGUUACAGAGUCUGUUGAAAGUCAAGAGAUCUGUGGCCCAGAAAAGCAUGUAUCUAGUUCUUGUCAUAUAAUUGAGGCUAUAUCAGCCUCAGCGCAGCCACCCGUGGUUAUGCCUAAUCUCAUCUCUCAAGUGGUUACUACAGAAGUUCAAAGAACCACUGUCUCAGUUGUUCAUGAAAGGACACCACCACCCGUUCCAGCUCCAAGGGCAAAUGGUGUUCCAGUCUCAACAGAGAAAUCCAAGACCCAGUUCACUGCACAGAAUGGACAAGUAUUUCAGCCGUCUGAGGUGGUAGAUCUGAGGACAGUGAAAGUGGAUCCAGGAUCAAAUAUGAAUGGCGUUGAUCUGUCAGCUACUCAAGAUUUAAGACGUCAGUCUCUUGCAAAUGAAGUCAGUCGAAACACCAGUGCAGUUCAGUCAGCUGUGGUCAACCUCAGUGCUGAAUCAUCCACUGUUUCCAUAGUGACUGAUAGCAUCACCAUUGUGACCUGUUCUGCGACAAUCCAGCCAAGUGACCAUGUGGACAUAUCCCAGACAUCUUCAGUGCCCCUUCAGCUAACCAAAAACAAAGCAUUUGAACCCGUUUCUCAAAUUGUUUAUCGACCAAUUGAUUAUCAGUCCGCUACUCUUGCUACUACGGAAAUCCCAAUUAACCUCUCAGUUGGAUCAAGCACAGGUGGAGGAAUUUUCCAGGCCUCCCCUGUCACUGUUGGGCUCACUUCUGGUUCAAGCUGUGCUGCCAAUGGACUAAUUGCUGGUACCACCACAGUGGCAGGAGUUGUCGAUCUCAGUACAGCAAAACCUUUCAACACCAUGGUGUCAGUGGAUGCAACGUCCGCAGACGUGGUUACAAAUGUAGUGACAGAUGAUGGGAAACCAGUAGAUCUUACUGCAGGAAAAAGAGCUGUAUGUUGUGACGUUGUUUACAAGCUCCCGUUUGCAGGAAUCUGCACUACUCAGCAACCUACCACACCCCUGCCUGAAGAUCGUUUUGGAUACCGUGAUGACCAUUAUCAGUAUGAUAGAUCACCUUACGGCAUGAGGGGGUUUGGUGGAAUCAAACCAUCAAUGUCGGACACCAAUCUCGCAGAAGCUGGACUAUUUAUGUACAAGAGUAAGAACAGCUACAAUUUCAGUGGCACAACAGAAGGUGCAGUAGAUCUAACCUCAGCAAAGAUUUCUGAUGCAGGUGAAGCUGUUGACUACUCCAAGAAAGGGACUUACGCCGGAAUGAUAAUUCCCCCCUAUUCCCAAGCCAGAGCCACUAGUGCUGUCAGUACACUCUUUGGUACAAGCAGCGUUUUGAGGUCAUCAAAUGGAGUGGUCUAUUCUUCUGUUGCAGCACCAAUCCCAUCUACAUAUGCCAUUACUACCCAGCCAGGAUCCAUAUUUAGUACAACAUACAACACGCUGUCAGGUAUGCACACAAGUGACACCAUGCCUUCACUGUCCAACCUCCAGAACCUGCCACUUACAAGGUCCCAAAGUUUCCUGUCAACUAUUUCCACUACUACUUCUGAAGAACAAGUAGAUGCUCCACUCAACCUGGAGAUCUCUAGAGGGAGUAAUACUGAUGGCAUUCCUACGGCAGCAACACCAUCCCUAUCCCUUGACAGCUACACUGAUGCAUCCCUGGAGGCUAUAGCUGCUUCCCUGGAGGCUCUGUCUUCACCCAUGGUUCCUGGUGACGGCCAGUAUCAGGCAGAGCGCGAGAGGCUAGAAAUGGAGAAACUCAAGCAGCAACGCCUGGCAGAGGAACUAGAAUGGGAGCGGCAGGAGAUUCAACGAUUUCGUGAACAAGAACAGCUCAUUGUACAAAAGGAAUUGGAGGAGUUACAGGUCAUGAAGCAGCACAUACUCACACAGCAGGAAGAGGAAAGACAAGCUCACCUGAUGAUGCAGAAGGAAACCUAUGCCCAGCAACAGCAGCAGCUUGAGCAGAUUCAGAAACUUCAAGAACAGCUGCGGAUACAAUUAGAAGAGCAAAAGCUUCGUCAGCUGUACCCGGGAGACAUGAUAGGACAUGGUGUGCAGGAAGCAAUCAUCCUAGGGCCUGAUGGCACCGUCCUUGCCCGAAAGAUCACUGAUAGUGGGUGUCAGACAGACGAUGAGGAGGAAACAGUCAGCAAAGCUUACACAGCAGGGAGAAAAAAGAAAAGUGCUAAAAAGAGUGUUGAUAGUUGUGUGCAGACUGAUGAUGAGGAUCAAGAGGAAUGGGAGGCUCAGACUAGAAGCAGACAAAGCCGGCCACGUACCUCCAGAGGUGAUAGGGGUGGGCAUUCGGAGGUCUCGCUUCAAGCACACACUGAAAUUUCUAUUCAAACUGACGAGGAUGGAAAUAUUCAAAUGGAUACCAGGAUGGAGGUGUCUGACUCUGAAAGAACCUCACCAAAGAAACGACCUACUCCCUUAGAGAUAGCCCGGUCUCCUAAUCUCAAACCUGAUUCAUCUACCCUCCAAGCACCUCCUAAAUCUCCCAAAGUGCUUUAUUCCCCAAUAUCUCCCUGCAUUUCACCCAGCAAAUCCCUUGAGUUUGUGUCCUACGAUAAAUCACUAGGUGAUACAAGCCCACAAAAACUAAGAGGGCAUGCAGAUGCAACAAAAACCUCUCCAUCAAAAUCCAUGCAGCGAUCCAUGUCUGACCCUAAACUCAUGAGUCCAACUGGAGAAGAAAGAGCAACAUCUGAAACCCAGUAUGGUGACGACCAUACAGGGAAAGGAUCAGGUGGCACACCAACCGGCACUCAAAAGAAGGUGAAGAGGACUCUCCCCAACCCGCCGUCUGAGGAAGAGUCGACGACUACUAGCCAGACCGCCUACCCCACCGGCUCUGCCCGCCGAAGGAUGUGCAGGAACUCCAACAUGGCGCGUGCCAAGAUCCUACAAGACAUAGAUCGUGAGCUUAAUCUGGUGGAGCGCGAGUCCUCAAAGCUCCGCAAAAGACAGGCAGAGCUGGAUGAAGAGGAGAAGGAGAUCGAUGCCAAGCUCAGGUACUUGGAGAUGGGAAUUAAUCGUAGAAAAGAUGCGCUACUGAUUGAAAGAGAGAAGAGGGAGCGGGCCUACCUGCAGAGUGUUGCAGAAGACAGAGACUACAUGUCGGAUAGUGAAGUUAGCAACAUCCGCGAGACUAGAAGUGGACAUGGAGGUGGUGAAGACGAGGAAAUGGAGGAUGUCGGUCUUGAACGCCCCAGGACCGCUCCUCAGUCAGACCUGGAUGACUUUGUUCCACCUCAAACGAAGCAUGAAUAUGGAAAGUACUCACAGUACCAAUACCCUCAAACCCAAUACCAGCAGUCCAUCUACCAGACUCCACAGUCCUACCAGUCUCAUUCCAUCUACUCCUCCGUCCCGUCGCUCACUACCGCCCAACAGCAGAGUUACCACCAGAUGCUUCUGUUGCAGCAGAAGGCUGCCAGGCAAGCUGCCCUCCUCUCAGAACUUGAAUCUACUAAAUACGAUGUCAUUAGCCGCCAGCCCGAUCCCACCUCAUCAGCCUACUUAGGUGUCAAGUACGACAAAUAUGGCAAUCACCUUGACCUCAGAGCCUUGGAGGUGGGAAGCAUCGCGAGCAGCCCAGUGUCCGUUUCUGAUUCCUACUACACAGACGUAGACCACCAUACACCUCGCAGUUACAUGCUGCUGGAAGAUGCUGCAGAACUGGCUAAGACCUCCACGGGUCUGUCUUCAUCUUACAGUCUGGCUGAGAGGGAGCUGGCAAAGGCAGAGAAGCUGUUGCGGAGAAGUGCUGCGGAUCUAGGGUCUACUGAUUAUUUGGGAUCCACCUCCAGGCUCCAUAGCUAUGGAAAGACCCCCGAUGAGGAAGAUACGAUGGAAGAACCCUAUGAACUGAAACUUCUGAAGCAGCAGCUCAAGCAAGAGUUUAGGAGAAGCACUGGAGGAACUGACAGCUUAGAUCAACUCACAGGUCUCUCCCAGCACUACUAUACCCCGAGCGCCAGUCUCUCUAGCUACUCCCAAAGACACUACCCCAAGACAGAAAAGUACAGCAUCAGUCGACUUACUCUUGAGAAGCAGGCAGCUAAACAACUACCAGCGUCUAUGUUGUACCAAAAACACAAAACCCCAGUACUAGAUCCCAAAAUCUCCUCCAAGUACUCCUCUAUUCCCGACAGCAGGAGUCUGGAGGCCGACUACACCAGCUAUCUGGGUUCUACCAGUUCAUCUCCGAGAUCGAGCCGGCUCAUGCAGGACGAGAUCACCUUUGGCCUUCGAAAGAACAUUGCAGAACAACAAAAGUACCUUGGAUCCACUUUGGGGGCCAACUUAGCCGGAUCGCUUAACUUGGGCCAGAGCUUGGGUUUGGACUCUGCCUAUCCGAGCGGAAGCCGCUCAAGACCGUCGUCCAGGCCCACGUCUUGUUAUGGUCUGGACCUCUCUCUCAAAAGGGACAUUUCGAGCUCUUCAUUGAGGCUUAAGGGAGACAGUGACGCAUCUGCAGAUGUUCCUAGUUAUCAAACCCCCUCCGGUCGCACCAAACCUACCAGCCUCCCCAUUGUGCAGAGUGGCCGUGGCAGGAUUCCCAUCGUAGCCCAGAAUUCUGAGGAAGAGAGUCCGUUGAGCCCGGUCGGGCAGCCCAUGGGCAUGGCCCGUGCGUCGGCGGGGCCGCUGCCACCCAUCUCAGCUGAUUCCAGGGACCAGUUUGGUUCCUGCCUCUCCUUGCAGGACUCUCAGCAGCAGCAGCAUAUCAGGGAAGAGCCAACCAGGGGUAGGGGUUAUGCACUACUGGAUGAUCUUCAGGGCACAAUGUCGGACAGCGAAGCGCUAAGUGAUUCCCUGAUGGCUUUGAACAGAGACGAUGCAACCAAUGCCUACCACCUCAGACGGGAAGAAACGGACUGGUUUGACAAACCAAGAGAUGGACGGACAGAGAACGGGAAGGAUAAGAGACAGGGCAAAGGUCCGUACUACCCGUUCCCUCACCUCAGGGUCAAGCUGCAGAGGGAUCCCAAAGACCGCAGUGUUUCAGGAAAUGGUCUUGGCAUCCGUGUGGUUGGAGGGAAGUGUGUCCCUGGGAGCGACGGGGAAAUCGGAGCCUACGUGGCCAAAGUGCUGCCCGGCGGAGCUGCAGAGCAGACGGGAAAGAUUCUGGAAGGAAUGCAAGUUUUGGAGUGGAAUGGUCUUGUUCUGACGGGGAAAACCUACGAGGAAGUGCAAGGACUCGUCGCUCAGCCGUGCAGCGAAGCAGACGUCUGCGUCAGGCUGGAUCUCAACAUGCUGGCUGAGACGGAGGGUUCUCAGCAGCUGGAUGUCCAGGAACACGGCAAAGGGGACAGACCUCCCAGAUCUCCAGGCGUUGAUCCCAAGCAGCUGGCGGCCGAGCUGCAGAAAGUGUCCCAGCAGCAGGGUCCUACAUCUGGCUCGUGCUCCAGUCUCCCAGCACCGACGUCGGCAACCUCCAGCCCCGGCCAGGGAUCCCCGUCCAUCGGCAAGAAACGGCACGGCACCAAGACUACAGAGGCAGCGAGGACCCAGACCCAUCCCAUCACCGGAGAGAUACAGCUUCAAAUCCACUACGACAAGCAGCUUGGCAACCUGAUCGUCCACGUCCUGCAGGCCAGAAACCUCGCGCCGCGGGACAACAACGGCUACUCUGACCCAUUUGUAAAAGUGUAUCUCCUCCCAGGGAGAGGUCAGGUCAUGGUUGUCCAGAACGCCAGCGCCGAAAACAAGAGGAAGUCCAAACACGCCGGCCGGAGCCUCAACCCCGAGUGGAACCAGACCGUCAUCUAUAAGAAUAUUCACUUGGAACAGCUGAGGAAGAAGACUCUGGAGGUCAGCGUCUGGGACUACGACAAGGCCUCCUCCAACGACUUCCUUGGAGAGGUCCUCAUCGACCUGUCCAACACCGCCCAGCUGGACAACGUCCCGCGAUGGCUCCCCCUGAAGGAGCAGAGCGAGGGCGACCACCACCGACGUUCCCACUCCAGCCAGGGCCGCCACAGCUCCUCCAAACCCGCCUCGCAGCACUCUUCCCCCAAAACCGCUGCCUCCCUGCAUGAAAAUCAGGAUUCCCCCAAGUCGUCCGUCAUCAAGAGCCGGAGCCACGGGAUCUUCCCAGAUCCAGCCAAGGGCCGAAGGGCCCGCUUCCCGCUCCGGCACCAGCGGCACAGCGUGGCGGGGGUGCUCAGCCUGCAGCGGGCCCAGUCCGACUGGCUGCCCGCGCUGCCCUCCAUCGCGGCGGCCCGAGGGAGCCGGGCGGACGGCAGGCAGCUCACGCUCAGGAAAGCCGUGUCAGAGGAGAGGCCGCAGAGCACCGGAGCCCGGGCGAGCUACAGGUCCGACGCCCCCGUCUCUGCGGCCUCGCUGGACAGCGGCCUGAGCGGCAGCGCCUACAGCCUCCUGGACGAAGAGGACGAGCUGAACGAGGUGGACAGCGCCAUCUUCCAGGUCCCCCGAUUUGGAAAGAUCCCAAAUGGCACAGAUGCGGUGAUGUCAUCAACGGGACACAGCGACUCCGAAGGUAAGACUCAGGUUAUGGGGGAGAUCAGGAUCGCUCUGAAGAAGGAGAUGAAGACGGAGGGCGAGCAUCUGGUCCUUGAGAUCCUUCAGUGUCGCAACAUCACCUACAAGUUCAAGUCUCCGGACCACCUGCCCGAUCUUUAUGUGAAGCUGUACGUGGUGAACAUCGCCACCCAGAAGAGGAUCAUCAAGAAGAAGACGCGAGUGUGUCGUCACGACCGCGAGCCGUCCUUUAAUGAGACGUUCCGCUUCUGCAUGAACCCAACCGGACACUCGCUGCAGCUGUUCCUGGUGUCCAACGGCGGCAAGUUCAUGAAGAAGACGCUCAUCGGCGAGGCCUACGUGUGGCUGGACAAGAUGGACCUCCGCAAGCGUGUGGCGAGCUGGCACAAGCUGUUCGCCAGCACGGCCCAGAUCCACUCGUAGGAGGUUCCCAGGACUCGGAGGGGCCCCCAGGGGCCCCGGCCCCCCCCGCGGACGCUGAGGCCCAACAUCUGGACCGCCGGUCCGGCUGUCCUGCCGUCGGGGGGGUGCAGGACGACGAGGAAAAACACGUGUCUUCAACCUUUCGUAUCAGCACCGGGCGGUUUGAGGGAGGAAGCAUUCAGCACCAGGACGGACGGACGGAUGGACGAAUGGAUGGACGGAGGCGUGUUUACAUGUUUACAGGACACACCGCGAACAGUCACAGGUGCUGAGUUCAGUUCGGAGGUAAAACGCUCGGAAUCAACCAGGUAUAACACGCUUUAAUCCACACACACACACGCACACACACAUAUGCACACACACACACACACACACCCUCACUGCUACACGGAGGAGAACCUUAACUCUACCAGAUACAGGGAACGGACACACUUGUAGUUUCUACUUUUAUUUAUUCAGAUGUUUUAUCCAGCGAAAGGUUCUUUAAGUGGACGUCACCGUUGCUUUAAUACGACCUGCAGAGUUUUAUUGAUUUAACCAGAACGAGAUAAUGAAGACCUCUUAUUUAUUUUUGUAUUAUAAUAUUAUCGUAGAGCUCUAUCAUUUGUCUUCUAUCCUCGAUUAUUUAAGAAAGAAAAAAAGAUGUAAAAACCCUAUCCUUGGAGGACUUUUCUAACACUACCUACGGCAUUCCACUGCAGCGGGCACCUUUUUGAUUAAAAACAAACAAAAAAAAGCGACCCCCCGAUGAUUAUUGUUUGAUAAAAGAUCGAUAUAACUCUAAUAUCGGAUUGGAUCCUGUACCGUCUGUCGUGCGCAUGCGUCUACUCGGCAUGCGGCGCCGCGUUUUCUGCACAGAAAAAAAAGAAAAAGGCCUCCAAGGUUCACUUUGUACAUAGUGACGUGUCAUCGGUGGACAUGAGUAAACAUAGAUAUAUAGAAAACCUUUAUCACUGACAAUCCAGUCUUGAUGAUUGUUGCAGAGACGUGUCAUUCAUCCAUGAUUUUGUCGUCUUCAUCCGUCUUUCGUCGGGAGCGCGCUUCUGUGAUACUUUGCACUUUUUUCUGCUUAGAAUGUAAAACAUCCUCCAGACUUUUAUUUAACUUUUAUUUUAUUUUUUAAACCAGCGUGGGGGAAGCCCAACGAGCCGUCCACGGAAUAAAAAACAAAACAAUCAGAGAGAAUAAAACCUUAUUGGCAUUUAAAGAGUAGAUGUGAGUGUCGUACCUGCUGGUCUUACUCCCAACUGUCCUGGUUCGGUCUGUUCAACCUCGUCUGCUCAUUAUGUCUUGAGAAAUGUCUUUUCUUGUGUUUUAAUUAAUUUAACGCGUUCAGUCUAACUCUUAAGCGGGAUUGAUUCCUAUGCAGCAUCCACUGGGAAAAAAAGAAAAGACAAAAUAGUUUGUUGACUCGCCAGAAAGGCUGGUUUUUCCUUCUUUUUUUUAAAAUGUCCUCCACCAAACUGCUUUUUCUUUUAUUUAAAUUGUGAUUUUAUGUUAUUUUUGUACGUCUAUACUGAUCUUUUAUUUAUUGCCUGUGAGACUGUUUCAUAUGUUGUAUUAUAUUUGUUUACGGUACAUAUCAGGUGUACAGAAAAGUGCGAAGAACUUUUGUUUUUAUACACGAUGUAGUGCUUGUUUACAACGUCUAGAGGGCCUGAAACUCAGAGAUCUAACUUUAUAACCGACAUACACACUCACCUGAGAGGUGACCGAAGAAUCAGAGCAGGUAGAAGAGAGCACUCGCCCCCUUUUGGAGAGUUUUGAUCCCAGUCCGGCUAACGGAGACAAAAAAAAGUGUUAUAAUUAGCAGAAGUGACAUCUGAUACGAUCGUAUUUUGAGGUCUUUGUUUUGGUUUUUUCUCCUGAUUUUAUAUCCGUCUCAUCUUCACACCAAGUUCAUGGACAUGUUCCAGACGCUCAAAAACUACGCACUGCCAAGAUUUGAUUGCACUUCAGUGUUCCUCGAUGUGAUCUCUCACCUGUUUUAUUUUUUUUUAUGAGAUUUACUGUCCUGCACCCAAUUUCCUGACCGUUUUGACUGCACCGUAUGCAGAGGUGGGUAGU